AUGGCCCGCUACCCAACCUUCGAAGAAUACCAAAAGUCCGGCAAAUACAACGACGGCCUCAAACGCACCGCCGACCUUCUCAAGAAGGCUCCCAAUGAUCCGGAAUUGCUCAUCCUCAAGGCGCAACUCCUCUCCGCCAAAGAUGAGGACCCCACACCCACCCUGGAUGGACUCCAGGCCCUCCAACCACCGAUCCAAGACCUGAACCAACUCAUCCAGCUGGAACAACUCCACCUCGACCUCCAGAAAAACGACUUCCCCAUCCCCAAGACCCUCGGCCCCCAAAUGGCCAAAUUCUGGGACCUCGCCCUCGAAGCCCCCAACGCCACGACAAACUCCAAACUCGACGCUCUCUCCCUCCGCUUCUCGCAAGGCAUUGCCAACACCCGGCUCGAAGACGCCCAACAAGCCCUCAUUCAGCUGAAGGUGAUGCAGCCGCGGAACCGGGUGCUGUUCAUGGCGCACGCGGCUGUGACGUAUUUGCUUUCCGGCUCGAAGGAGGAUUUGCAGGCGAGGCUGGCGCUGGGUUUGGCGAGGAAGGCGGUGAAGGAGGGGUUUGAUGGGGAGGAGGGGUUGGAUUGUCGGGUGCCGGGGCAGAUUCUUGCGGUGGGUGGGACGGGGGAGGAGGUGCUUGGAUUGGAGGGAAGGAGGUUCGGGGAGAGUAAGCAGGUUUAUGAGGCGUUGAGGAGAGGUAAAGAUGGCGGAGGGGCGAACAGGGAGGUAAAGGGUGCCAGUGGGGAUGGCGCGAAGGAAGGGUAUGAGGCGGAGGUGGCGAAGGAGAAGGAGCGGUUUGCGGAGUUGGUCAAGUCGGAUGCGAAGAUUGAGGAGGUGAUAUCUUUUGCCUCAGACGCUCUUCAACUCUUCCACAAAGGCACCAAAUCUUCCGAAGGCAACCGGCGGAGACUGAAAGUCGACGCUUGCUUCCUCGCCGUCUCUGGCCUGGUGAGAGCCUUCGAACUGACCGACCAAACGAGCUACCUGCUGAACGCCGCACACAUCACGGAAGCCCUCCUCGCACAAAACGAACACAUCCACGAGUCCAGGCUCAUCCUCGUCUACCUCUACAUGCGUCUCAACCUCGGCAGCCUAGCCCUCCAUCUCUUCGACUCCCUCCGCGUCAAGGAGAUCCAAAACGACACAGUCGGCCACGCACUCUUCACCCGCCUCUCGCUCGUCCACCCCUACAGCACCGGACAAACGAAGAAAGAAACACUCGACCCGCUGAAGAUGGUCUCUAACGCAUUGCAAAUGUACAUCAGAUGCGAAGACAAGCUCGCUGAAACCCAAGCCGGUGUGCUCGCUCAUGGCCAGACGGGUAUGGUCUUUGACCUUCAGGAAUUGAGGGAUAAGCUGCGGACGAGUCUAUCACGGCGGAUCACUUUUCUGGAGCAGAGACGGAUUGAUCGACUGGUCUACAACGAGAUUUCACGCGGUGUGGCUGAGCUUGGACCAAGGGUGACGGCGAACUGGACGGAGAUUGUUGAUAAUCGGGACUUCGCCGCGACAUUCAAUUAUGGCUGCAAUGUCGAGAAGGUCUUGCAGAGUCACGGUGGCAGUGUGCCGGGCGAGCAAUGGAUCCUCAAUGCUCUGGUAGCGGAUGCGGCAUGGUGUUUGGCGCAUGAGAAGCCACCUCCUGUGCUCGACCUGCAAGUAUUGCUGGACAAGACGAAACAAGCACAGCCAGAUGUGUCGCAACUACAGCUCAACGACGUCGCGGGCUCUGGCUCCGGCAUGAACACCGUAGAGCUCCGUGCAGGCUUCUUCGCCCACCAGACCCUCCAACUACUCCUCAACCUCGACUCCAACAGCGGCGACCUCGCCGACCACAUCUCGGCCCUGUCGAGCGCACUCGCAACCCUCAACAUCGCAUCGCUCACCGACUCCGAAACCACCCUCACAGAAGGUCUCCAACAAUCCUACGCCUACCUCGACGUCCUCCGCACCGCCUACAACAGCCUCAACUUGGCGAAGCGGAAAGGUACCGGCCAAGCCGAGGCGCUUGAGGAGUCACAGAAGGACAUCCGAAGCGCCUUUGAAGCUCUGCAGACGCAUGCGAAGGAGCGUGCGAAGAAGGUGAAGGCUGCGGAUGUCAAGGCUGUGAUGGUGAAGGAUGAGAAGAUUGCGGGAGCGGUAGGCAUGUUUGGAACGGAAGGGUUGGAUGGGUUUUGCGAGACUGUCGCAAAGGCGGGGAGAGAGGGCUGGGAGGGGGUUGGGAGAGUCAAACUUGCGUAG